AUGGCCGACCCCACCAACGACCCCGAAAUCUCAUUCACCCAAAUCGACGUCGAUGUCGACAUCCAAGAAAUUCUUCUUGCAGCUUCUCAACAUGAUAUAUCCACUCUCCGGCGCCUAGUGCGCACACAAUCCGCGCUCCCAAACGCCGCGAAUGUCAAAGAUCCAGAGACCGGCUACUCGCCCCUCCAUUCCGCUAUCGCAGCCUGCGAGCCCGAGGAGGCCGAAGAACAGGCGAAUGGCGUGAACGGCGCUCACGAAGACGAGCAUACGAAGCUGUUGAAGUCUGGUGUUGAGACUGUCAAGUUUCUUUUGCAGGAAGGUGCUAUCUGGAACGAUCUCGAUAACAACGAUGAGACGCCCGGCUGCAUUGCACGGAGAAUCAAGGCACCGGAGCUGUAUGAGCUUGUAGUCGAUGCUGGUGUACGGGCAGAGAUGCUGCUGAGCCGAUUGGAGGGGUAUGAGGAAUUGUCUGAUGGUGAUGACGAGGACGAGGAGGAAGAUGCCGAGAACGUCCAGGCCGAAGUUGAAGACGAGGCUGCUCCCGAACUCGUCGAUGCCUCUGAGGCAAAUGUUGCAGAAAUCACAUCGACUGGCGAGAGAACAGGGCUUGCCAACCCCGAAGUCUCAAACCCGGGCUACCUCAACUCUUCGCUCAACAUUACCAACGAACGGAUCCUCGACGCAGACCAAAACGGUGUCAUGAUGAGCUGGGAAAGUUCAAUCAUGAAGAACUCGGCACAGAAACUGCUUCCACGGCCAGGUAUGAAGGUCCUCAACGUUGGACACGGCAUGGGUAUCGUGGAUGGAUUUUUCCAGGAGCAGAGCCCUGCUUCGCACCAUAUUAUUGAGGCCCACCCCGAUGUUGUUGCGGAGAUGAAGCGACGCGGAUGGGAUUCCAAGCCUGGUGUCGUGAUUCAUGAGGGCCGAUGGCAGGAUAUCAUGCCUGACCUUGUGGGCGCGGGCGAGACUUUUGACGCUAUUUACUACGAUACAUUUGCGGAGUCUUACAAUGAUUUCCGGGAGUUCUUCUCGGAGCAGGUUAUUGGAUUGUUGGAGCAGGAAGGAAAGUGGGGAUUCUUCAAUGGUAUGGGAGCUGAUCGACAGAUUUCGUACGAUGUCUAUCAGAAAGUCGCAGAGAUGGAUCUCUUUGAGGCUGGCUUUGAUAUUGACUGGGAGGAUAUUCCGGUGCCCAAGCUGGGUGGUGAAUGGGAGGGUGUGAGGAGGGCUUAUUGGGUAGUGGAUAAUUACCGGUUGCCACUGUGCCGGUUUAUGGAUUAA